AUGGCGUCCAAUGUGAAAUUAAACCAAGAAACUAAGAAGAAGAUUAGAGCUGGGGCAGAAAUUCACACCUUUGCCUUCGGUCAGUCUCCUUUCCCUGUCAUGGAAGAAGCAGUAAAGGGACUUAGGGAAUAUGCUGAGGAGAAUGAUUACGUGCCAGUACAAGGUAUUCCGGAAUUGCGAGAGGCAAUCAGUGAUUUCCAUUACAAAUAUGAUAAAAUCCGAUUUUCUCCUGAUAAUAUCGUCGUUGGACCUGGCAGCAAAGAACUCAUCUACUCAUUAAUUAACGUAUUUAAUGGCGACAUUCUCGUAAUAUCUCCUUCCUGGACCACCUACCGUCCACAAACCCAUUUGGCCAACCAGAGAUGCAUUGUCCUGAAAACUAAAUUCGAAGAUGAGUGGAGAAUAACUGACGAAAUAAUUGAAAAUGCAAUGACCGAGAAUGAAGUCUCCGAAUAUAAAUUACUCAUUCUAUGCAGCCCGGACAAUCCUUCCGGAACACAAUAUAAUGAAGAGCAGCUUAAGCCCUUGAUCGAAGUCUGCCGUAAGCACAACAUCAUAAUCGUGAGUGAUGAAAUUUAUGGGCGCAUUUGUUUUCGUCAGGAACACGUAUGUAUGCCUAAACUUUACCCAGAAGGAGCCAUUGUAACAACAGGUUUCUCUAAAUGUGCGGGCGCCGGCGGCUGGAGGAUUGGUUACCAUAUAUUCCCGAAUGAGUUGUCUGCCCUUAGAGAUUGUCUUAGCGCUGCUGGAAGUCAUACUUACUCGUGUGCCAGUACUCCCAUCCAAUAUGCAAUUACGAAGAUGCUGAAAUCGGAGGAGCAGUUUGCAGAUUAUUUGCACCAUGUACGACGAAUUAUGGCAGCAGCUGGAGAUUUUUGUUAUAAAGAAUUAUCAGCUGUCGGAGUGAAAGCUAUCAAUCCAUAUGGAGGUUUCUACAUCAUGCCAGAUUUUGAAAUUCUGAGACCAGCUUUGGAAAAACGUGGAGUAAGCACUGGUAGUGAGAUGUGCCGAUUGAUGUUUGAGGAGAAGUCCAUAAUUAUGAUGGCAGCUGGACCUGACUUUCUCCGGCCAGAGACUGAACUAACAACAAGAAUGUGUUUUGUUAACUUUGACGGUAAAAAAGCCUUAGAAUUUAGUCGUGAAUUGGGCCUUGAUACGCCAUUGCCUGAAGAUUUUGUUGAAGAGCAAUGCACAUCACUGUAUGAGGCCAUAAAGGCACUGGUGUCAUGGGUGCAGGAACUGUUGGACGAGUGA